UAUAGCGAUUUGAUCAAGAACAGUAAGAGCAGCGAUUUGAUCAAGAACAGUAAGAACAGCGAUUUGAUCAAGAACAGUAAGAACAGUGAUUUGAUCAAGAACAGUAAGAGCAAAGGAUUUGAUCAAGAACAGCAGGAACAGCAAUUUGACCAAGAACAGCAAGAAUACCAAUUUGAUCAAGAACAGCAGGAACAUCAAUUAGAUCAAGAACAGCAAUUUGAUCAAGAACAAUGUAACAAGUCAGAACUCGACUGCAGGGCCUUAUAUGGGGCUCAACAGCCGGCGUUAGUUAACACUAAACUGCAAUUUGAUCAAGAACAGCAGGAACAGCAAUUUGACCAAGAACAGCAAUUUGAUCAAGAACA